AACAGAUUUUAUGUUCAGUCAAUCAAUCAAUCAGUAACUCGCCAGUUAUUUCUAUCCUGAAAUAUCUUCAUCGUAGCACUGAUCGUUAGAUAGACAUCGACAAAGCCUUGAUCAUGACGGAUUUCGGCAGCGAGCAACAAAAUCAGUUCCCAGUUCCUGUUGGGAGCUCACCUUCACCAUAUGGUGCACAACAAAACACACAAUUCAAUCCUGAUCAAUCCGAUCCCUCGAGCAUGGAGUAUAAUUGGGAAGAGAAAUUGAACGAAAAAGCCAGAAAGUGGCAGCAAAUGCAGAAUAAACGAUAUGGCGAAAAGCGAAAGUUCGGUUUCGUCGAACACGAAAAGGCUGAUAUGCCACCGGAACACGUCCGAAAGAUCAUCAAGGACCACGGUGAUAUGUCAAGCAAGAAGUUCCGUCAUGACAAACGUAUUUAUCUCGGAGCUUUGAAGUACGUUCCUCACGCUGUAUUGAAGCUUUUGGAGAACAUGCCUAUGCCAUGGGAGCAGGUCCGUGAAGUCCCUAUAUUGUACCAUAUAACUGGCGCUAUUACGUUUGUCAACGAAAUCCCGUGGGUUAUUGAACCUGUAUAUACCGCUCAGUGGGGUUCCAUGUGGAGAAUGAUGAGACGUGAAAAGCGCGACCGACGACACUUCAAGCGUAUGCGUUUCCCACCUUUCGACGAUGAAGAGCCACCGUUGGACUAUGGUGAUAACAUUCUCGAUGUCGAACCUCUCGAAGCUAUUCAAAUGGAUCUAGACGAAGAAGAAGAUACCGCCGUUAUUGAUUGGUUCUAUGACCAUAAGCCCCUGAUAGACACUCCAUUUGUCAACGGACCUUCAUAUCGAAAGUGGCAUUUGAAUCUUCCUAUCAUGUCCAGCCUCCAUCGUAUUGCACGUCAAUUAUUAUCGGAUUUGACAGAUCCAAAUUACUUUUAUCUUUUCGACAAAAAGGCCUUCUUUACCGCCAAAGCUUUGAACAUGGCUAUCCCAGGAGGACCCAAAUUCGAACCACUUUAUCGCGAUCUUGAUACAGCUGAUGAGGACUGGAACGAAUUCAAUGACAUCAACAAGAUUAUCAUUCGUCAACCUAUCCGUACAGAAUACAAGAUUGCCUACCCCUUCCUGUACAACUCCCUACCCAGAAGUGUUCAUUUGUCGUGGUACCACUUCCCUAUCAAUGUAUACAUUCCUUAUGAGGAUCCUGAUCUUCCAGCGUUCUAUUUCGAUCCUGUCAUCAACCCUAUAUCUUCACGCAACGUGCAAUCGGACGGUGCGAGAUUUGAGGAUGAGCUCUUUGGAGAUGAAGAUGAGGAGAGCGAAGAAAUCUUCAGUUUGCCUGAAGAAGUACGACCUUUCUUGGAGGCCACAGAGUUAUUCACCGACCAGACUGCAAGUGCAAUUGGUUUGUACUGGGCACCAACUCCAUUCAAUCAACGAUCAGGUCGAACCCGCCGAGCACAAGACGUUCCUCUUAUCAAGAGUUGGUAUCUUGAACACUGCCCUCCUGGACAACCUGUGAAAGUCCGCGUUUCAUAUCAAAAGCUGCUGAAAUGCUAUGUUCUCAAUGCAUUGAAGGAUCGACCUGAAAAGGCUAAGAACAAGCGUUAUCUCUUCCGACAGCUUAAAGCCACCAAAUUCUUCCAAUCCACUGAGCUCGAUUGGGUUGAAGCUGGUUUGCAAGUCUGUAGACAAGGUUAUAACAUGUUGAAUCUUUUGAUUCAUCGCAAGAAUUUGAACUACCUUCAUUUAGAUUAUAAUUUCAACUUGAAGCCCGUCAAGACUUUGACCACCAAGGAACGAAAGAAGUCUCGAUUCGGAAAUGCUUUCCAUCUUUGCCGUGAAAUUCUACGUCUUACCAAACUCAUUGUCGAUUCACAUGUUCAAUACCGUCUCGGUAACGUUGAUGCAUUCCAGCUUGCUGAUGGUCUGCAAUAUAUCUUUGCUCACGUUGGUCAAUUGACUGGCAUGUAUCGAUACAAAUACAGACUCAUGCGUCAAGUUCGUAUGACCAAGGAUCUCAAGCACGUCUUAUAUUACCGCUUCAACACUGGUCCAGUUGGUAAAGGUCCUGGUGUUGGCUUUUGGGCACCAGGCUGGAGAGUCUGGCUUUUCUUCCUUCGUGGUAUUGUUCCUUUGCUCGAGCGCUGGCUUGGCAACUUGCUUGCACGUCAUUUCGAAGGUCGUCAUUCUAAGGGUAUUGCCAAGACUGUUACCAAACAGCGUGUUGAAUCCCACUACGAUUUGGAACUUCGUGCUGCCGUCAUGCACGAUAUCAUUGAUAUGAUGCCAGAAGGUGUUAAAGGUAACAAGUCCAAGACCAUCCUUCAGCACUUGUCUGAAGCUUGGAGAACCUUCAAGGCCAAUAUCCCAUGGAAAGUACCAGGAAUGCCCACACCUAUCGAAAACAUGAUUUUGAGAUAUGUCAAGGCUAAGGCGGAUUGGUGGACCAGUGUUGCACAUUAUAACCGCGAACGUAUUCGAAGAGGUGCCACUGUUGACAAGACUGUUUGUAAGAAGAAUCUUGGACGUUUGACUCGUCUUUGGUUGAAGGCUGAACAAGAGCGUCAACAUAACUACCUCAAGGAUGGUCCAUAUGUUUCUGCUGAAGAAGCUGUCGCAAUUUACACUGCCACUGUUCACUGGUUGGAGAGCCGUAAAUUCUCUCCUAUUCCAUUCCCACCUCUGUCUUACAAGCACGAUACCAAGUUGUUGAUUUUGGCUCUGGAGCGAUUGAGAGAAGCUUACAGUGUUCAAGGUCGCUUGAAUCAGAAUCAGCGUGAAGAACUUGGUCUCAUUGAACAAGCCUACGACAAUCCUCACGAAGCCUUGUCUCGUAUCAAACGUCUCUUGCUUACCCAAAGAGCAUUCAAGGAAGUCGGCAUCGAAUUUAUGGAUUUGUACUCUCAUCUUGUACCCGUCUAUGAUGUCGAACCCUUGGAAAAGAUUACAGAUGCUUACUUGGAUCAAUACUUGUGGUAUGAGGCUGACAAGCGCCAUCUAUUCCCAGCAUGGAUCAAGCCGUCCGACUCUGAACCACCACCGUUGCUUGUGUACAAGUGGUGUCAAGGUAUCAAUAACCUUACCGAUGUUUGGGAGACGUCUGAGGGUGAAUGCAACGUCAUGAUGGAAACAGUUUUGAGUAAGAUCUAUGAAAAGGUGGAUCUUACACUGCUUGGCCGUUUGCUCCGUCUCAUCUUGGAUCACAAUCUUGCUGAUUACAUGACCGCAAAGAACAACGUCGUAUUGAACUACAAGGAUAUGAACCACGUCAACGCUUAUGGUAUGAUUCGUGGUCUUCAGUUCGCAUCCUUCAUCUUCCAAUACUAUGGUUUGAUUAUGGAUCUUCUUAUCCUUGGCCUUCACCGUGCAAGCGAAAUGGCUGGACCUCCUCAACUUCCAAACGACUUCUUGCAAUUCCGCGAUGUUCAAACCGAAACCAAGCAUCCCAUUAGAUUGUAUUCUAGAUAUAUUGAUCGCAUUCACAUCUUCUUACGCUUCAGUGCCGACGAAAGCCGUGAUCUCAUUCAGCGAUUCUUGACUGAACAUCCUGAUCCCAACUUUGAGAAUGUCGUUGGUUACAAUAACAAGAAGUGCUGGCCCCGCGAUUGCCGUAUGCGAUUGAUGAAGCACGAUGUCAACCUUGGAAGAGCUACUUUCUGGGAUAUCAAGAAUCGAUUGCCACGAUCGCUUACCACCAUUGAAUGGGAGGACAGCUUUGUUAGUGUUUACAGCAAGGAUAACCCGAACCUUCUCUUCGCCAUGUGUGGAUUUGAGGUUCGCAUUCUUCCCAAGAUUCGCAACGUGAAUGAGGAAUUCUCCAUGCGCGACGGUGUCUGGAGUUUGAUCAACGAGCAAUCCAAGGAGCGCACAGCCCAAGCCUUCCUUCGUGUAGAUAGUGAUUCGAUGGAGAAGUUCAAUAAUCGCAUUCGUCAAAUUUUGAUGGCGUCUGGUAGCACAACCUUUACCAAGAUUGCCAAUAAGUACAACACUGCACUUAUUGGUUUGAUGACCUAUUUCAGAGAAGCCGUUGUACAUACUCGUGAACUAUUGGAUCUAUUGGUCAAGUGUGAAAACAAGAUUCAAACCCGUAUCAAGAUUGGUCUCAACUCCAAGAUGCCUUCCAGAUUCCCCCCAACCGUUUUCUACUGUCCAAAGGAAUUGGGUGGUCUUGGUAUGCUGUCUAUGGGUCACGUCUUGAUUCCUCAAUCCGAUCUGCGAUGGUCCAAGCAAACCGACACGGGCAUCACUCAUUUCCGUUCCGGUAUGAGCCACGAUGAAGAUCAACUCAUUCCUAACUUGUUCAGAUACAUCCAACCUUGGGAAUCUGAAUUCAUUGAUUCUCAACGUGUUUGGGCCGAGUAUGCCUUGAAGCGUCAAGAAGCAAAUGCACAGAAUAGACGUUUGACUUUGGAAGAUCUGGAAGACUCAUGGGAUCGUGGUAUUCCAAGAAUCAACACAUUGUUCCAAAAGGACCGACAUACCCUUGCUUACGAUAAGGGUUGGCGUGUGCGUACCGACUUCAAGCAAUAUCAGAUUCUCAAGAACAAUCCUUUCUGGUGGACUCAUCAACGUCAUGAUGGUAAACUUUGGAACUUGAACAACUACCGUACCGAUAUGAUCCAAGCUCUUGGAGGUGUCGAAGGUAUUUUAGAACAUACCUUGUUCAAGGGAACUUAUUUCCCCUCAUGGGAAGGUCUUUUCUGGGAAAGAGCAUCUGGUUUCGAAGAGAGCAUGAAGUACAAAAAGCUUACCAACGCUCAGCGUAGUGGUUUGAAUCAAAUUCCCAAUCGUCGAUUCACACUCUGGUGGAGUCCUACUAUCAAUCGUGCCAAUGUCUACGUCGGUUUCCAAGUCCAAUUAGAUUUGACUGGUAUCUUCAUGCACGGAAAGAUUCCUACUCUCAAGAUUUCUCUCAUUCAAAUCUUCCGUGCGCAUUUGUGGCAGAAGAUUCACGAAAGUGUUGUUAUGGAUCUUUGUCAAGUCUUUGAUCAAGAAUUGGAAGCCCUCCAAAUCGAAACUGUACAGAAGGAAACUAUUCACCCUAGAAAGAGUUACAAGAUGUCCAGCAGUUGUGCUGAUAUUCUUCUGUUUGCUGCUUACAAAUGGCCAGUCUCUCGUCCAUCGCUCAUGAGCGAUACCAAGGAUACCAUGGACGGGCCCACCACAACCAAGUAUUGGGUUGAUGUUCAACUUAGAUGGGGUGAUUUCGAUUCUCACGAUAUCGAACGCUAUACUCGUGCCAAGUUCUUGGAUUACACUACUGACAGCAUGAGUAUCUAUCCAUCACCUACUGGUGUCAUGAUCGGUAUCGAUUUGGCAUAUAAUUUGCAUUCUUGCUAUGGUAAUUACAUUCCUGGUAUGAAGCCAUUGCUUCAGCAGGCCAUGGGCAAGAUCAUGAAGGCCAAUCCGGCCAUGUAUGUCCUUCGUGAGCGUAUCAGAAAGGGUCUUCAGCUUUACUCUUCCGAACCUACUGAGCCUUACCUCUCAUCUUCCAACUACGGUGAAUUGUUCAGUAACCAAAUCAUCUGGUUUGUUGACGAUACCAACGUUUAUCGUGUCACUAUUCACAAGACAUUCGAAGGAAAUUUGACCACCAAGCCUAUCAAUGGUGCCAUUUUCAUUUUCAACCCACGUACUGGACAGCUGUUCUUGAAGAUUAUUCAUACUUCAGUAUGGGCCGGUCAGAAGCGUCUUGGACAGUUGGCCAAGUGGAAGACAGCAGAAGAAGUUGCUGCUUUGAUUCGAUCUCUUCCUGUCGAAGAACAGCCCAAGCAGAUCAUUGUUACCCGAAAGGGUAUGUUGGAUCCCCUUGAAGUUCAUUUGCUCGAUUUCCCCAAUAUCGUCAUCAAGGGCAGUGAAUUGCAACUUCCAUUCCAAGCCUGUCUCAAGAUUGAGAAGUUCGGUGAUCUCAUUUUGAAGGCAAAUGAACCUCAAAUGGUUCUAUUCAACCUUUACGACGACUGGCUCAGAUCCAUUUCAUCUUAUACUGCGUUCUCACGUCUUAUUUUGAUUUUGCGAGCUCUGCAUGUUAACAAUGAAAAGACCAAGAUCAUUUUGCGACCUGACCGUAGCACCAUCACUGAACCACAUCACAUUUGGCCAACGCUGUCAGACGAAGAAUGGAUCAAGGUCGAAGUUGCUUUGAAGGAUCUCAUCCUUGGCGACUAUGGCAAGAAGAACAACGUCAACGUCGCUUCCCUAACCCAAUCUGAAAUCCGUGAUAUCAUUCUUGGUAUGGAGAUCUCUGCUCCAUCGUUGCAACGUCAACAGAUUGCUGAAAUCGAAAAGCAAACAAAGGAACAGUCUCAGCUCACAGCUGUUACUACCAAGACUCACAACGUUCACGGUGAUGAAAUGAUUGUCACUACCACUAGCAACUAUGAGACUCAAACCUUCUCAUCCAAGACUGAGUGGCGUGUUAGAGCUAUCUCUUCCACUAACCUUCAUUUGCGUACAAACCAUAUUUAUGUCAACUCAGAUGAUAUCAAGGAAAAUGCAUACACUUAUGUACUACCCAAGAAUAUUCUCAAGCGCUUCAUCACGAUAGCGGACUUGCGCACACAGAUUGCUGGUUACAUGUAUGGUGUCAGUCCACCGGACGCACCCAAUGUGAAGGAAAUCCGAUGUAUUGUUAUUCCACCACAAUGGGGUACUCAUCAAACGGUUCAUCUGCCUAAUGGUGCUCCUGAACACGAGUACCUUGCUGAUCUAGAACCAUUAGGUUGGAUUCAUACACAACCCCAAGAAUUGAUGAACUUGUCACCACAAGAUGUCUCUACACACGCACGCCUUUUGGCUCAAAAUAAGACUUGGGAUGGUGAAAAGACCAUAACAAUGACUUGCUCGUUCACACCAGGUUCAUGCUCUCUCAGUGCUUACAAACUCACCCCAUCCGGUUUUGAAUGGGGACGAAAUAACAUGGAUACAAGCAACAACCCACAAGGUUACUUGCCUACACAUGCUGAAAAGGUUCAGAUUCUACUUUCUGACAGAUUCCUUGGUUACUUCAUGGUCCCCACCGAUGUUUGGAACUAUAACUUCAUGGGUGCUCAAUUUAAUAACAACAUGAACUACGGUUUGACACUGGAUGUACCUAAAGAGUUCUAUCACGAAUCACAUCGCACAGCUCACUUCAUGAACUUUAGCACGAUGGAAGAAAGUAACAUUGAAGCUGACUUGGAGGACGUGUUCGCAUAAAAUAGUAAUUAGGAAAAAAAAGUUUCUGACAUUCAUUUCUGUAGUAAAUUUCUUUCGCUUUAAAAAAAAUACACUCAUCCCAAGCUAACUUUAUGCUUGGAAGUUUUUCUCAUAUGGCAUGGCUGCUGUGGCUCGA